UCUUUUUUCCCAAAAAUAACAAAAUCUCCCUCUCCCUCGUGUCACUUUCCAAACCAACCCACGUUUCUUCAUGGCUUCACCAUGAAUUCUCUCUCCUCCCCGUACAACUUACGACCAACAAACCAAGCCAGAAAGAAGAUGCACUUCCUUUUCUAUUUGUGUCCUCCACGGCAAAGCAAAAUCGGGUCGGCGUAUUUCAUUUUCUAAUUAGUAGUACUAAAGAAGAAUGAGACUUUACGUGUAUUUGUUGGAGGGCAAGGAAUGGGCAGUGGAGGACUCUUACGUUAAGUUAAAACUAGGAAAGUUCAAGUCCAAGACAAGGGUAUUGAAAAAUACUAAGAACCCUAUUUGGAAUGAAGAGUUUGUAUUCAGGGUUAACGAUGUAGAGGAGGAACUUGUUCUCUCUGUAUAUCAACAUCGUGAUGAUUCUGGAUUCCUUAAUGUUCAUUAUGGGGAUUUAGUUGGUAAGGUGAAAAUACCCGUCUGGUCCGUUGCUGCUGAGGAAAAUCAGAACUUGCCUCCCACUUGGUUUUCUCUUCAAAAACCCAAAAGUGCAAAAUCAGUUAACAGAGAUUGCGGGAAGAUUCUUCUCACUCUGUCCUUACAUGGGAAGGGCAAAGAUGUAUCCACUAAUCAUGUCUGUUAUGUAAAUCCAACAAACGAUAUUUCAAGAGAAAAUGAAGUGAUAAGCAAAUCUUCUCAAGAUUUGCAUGGCUUUGCUGCUCAUUCCAAGAAAAUUUCGGAAGGGAAGCAUUUAAUGAAGAACAUUGCUUGCCAUUUCGAGAAGCUUUUUAGCAAGAAUGAAGAAGCCAAGAAAAGCGACGAGGAAGAAUUGAAGAAGGAUGAUUCUUCUGAUAUAUCCACGACCACAUCUGACUAUGAAGACUGUUUGGAGGAGUCUCCGGUUAGCCAUAGCUUUGAAGAACUGAUUGAGCGAAUGCAGCCAACAAGUGAAGACAAAGAAAUGCCAGGGGACCUGCAGGGCGGAGUCCUGCUGGACCAGACAUAUGUUGUGUCGUCUAAAGAUCUUAACAUGAUUCUUUUUGCUUCUGAUUCGCAGUUCAGGAAAGAUAUGGCAGAGUUGCAGGGUACAACAGAUAUGCACGAGGGUCCGUGGUCAUGGAAAUCAGAUGACAUGUGCUUAACAAGAGUUGUCACCUAUAUGAAAGCAGCAAGUAAAUUAGUUAAGGCUGUUCAAGCCACAGAGGAGCAAACAUAUGUUAAAGCUGAUGGAAAAGAAUUUUCUGUUUUUAUCUCUGUAAGUACCCCUGACGUUCCAUAUGGGAGUACUUUCAAGAUUGAGUUGCUUUACAAAAUAAUGCCUGGCCAACAGGAAUCUUCUGGUGAAGAAUCCGCGCGUCUGGUUGUAUCCUGGGCCAUUAACUUCAGCCAGAACACUAUGAUGAAAUCAAUGAUUGAAGGAGGAGCUCGGCAAGGAUUGAAGGAGAGCUUUGACCAGUUUGCAGAGGUAUUAGCUCGCAAAUUGAAAGUAACAACUUCAAAGGUUGUCUUAGAGAAGGAUCGAGCUUUGGCAUCUCUGCAGACUGAACAUCAGUCAGAUUGGGAACUGGCAAAGGAGUACUUUUGGAAUUUUACAGUUGUAUCCACUAUUUUCAUGGUUUUGUAUGUCUUAGUGCACAUUAUAUUAAGUGAGCCUAGCAAAUUACAUGGACUGGAGUAUCAUGGUUUUGAUUUGCCGGAUAGUGUUGGGGAAUUUAUCACCAGCGGAAUACUAGUUCUGCAGUUGGAGCGGGUAUAUAACAUGGUUUCACGUUUUGUAGAAGCUAGGCUGCGAAGAGGAAAUGAUCAUGGAGUCAAAGCACAAGGUGAUGGAUGGGUACUUACUGUAGCUUUGAUUGAGGGAAUGAACUUAGCUUCCUUGGAUCCAACAGGUUUCCCAGAUCCAUAUGUGGUCUUUACAUGCAAUGGCAAAACAAGAACUAGCUCUGUCCAGCUUCAAACUCUUGACCCUCAGUGGAGUGAGAUACUAGAGUUUGAUGCUGCAGAAGAACCACCUUCGGUGUUAGAUGUGGAAGUUUUCGACUUCGACGGUCCAUUUGAUCAAGCUUCAUCGCUUGGGCAUGCAGAAAUUAAUUUCCUAAAACACACUUCUGCAGAAUUGGCAGACAUUUGGGUUCCUCUCGAGGGAAAAAUUGCUCUGUCUUCACAAUCGAAGUUGCACUUGAGGAUUUUUUUGGACAAUAACAAUGGAGUUGAAACUAUCCGAGACUACCUAACAAAGAUGGAAAAAGAAGUUGGGAAGAAGUUAAACGUUCGGUCGCCACACAAGAACUCAACAUUUCAGAAAAUUUUUGGGCUGCCUCCAGAAGAAUUUUUAAUCAACGACUACUCGUGCUCCCUCAAAAGAAAGAUGCCAUUACAGGGGCGGAUCUUUCUAUCUGCCAGAAUUGUUGGAUUUUAUGCAAAUUUGUUUGGUCACAAAACAAAGUUUUUCUUCCUGUGGGAGGAUAUUGAGGAUGUUAAUGUGGUUUCCCCAUCAUGGUCAACCAUGGGGAGCCCUGCACUUGUAAUAAUUUUGCGCAAAGGUCGAGGAGUUGAUGCUAGGCACGGUGCUAGGUGUCAAGAUGAAGAAGGCCGACUGCAUUUCUGUUUUCAUUCAUUUGUGUCAUUCAAUGUUGCAAGCAGCAGGACAAUCAUGGCGUUGUGGAGAACAAGGACACCGCCUCCAGAUCAGAAAGCACAAAUUGUAGAAGUGCAGCAGGAGAAGGAUGAAAAGCUUGUUUUGUCUGAAGACACUGCAUCCUACUUGGUCGUUGAGGAUGUACAAAUGUCUAAAGUCUAUUCUGCAGAACUACCUGUCAGUGUUAAAUCACUGAUGCAGAUGUUUGAUGGAGGAGAUUUGGAGCAUAGAGUAAUGAGCAAAUCUGGCUGUCUCAAUUAUGUCACAACUUCAUGGGAAACUGUAGCUCCCAAUGUUUCUGAGAGACUCGUAUCUUACAAAUUCAACCGCUUCAUCUCAGUCUUUGGUGGUGAAGUUACAAGCACACAACAAAAAUCUCCUAUUGCUAAUGACGGUGGAUGGACCAUCAAUGAGAUCAUGGCCCUGCAUGAUGUCCCGUUUGGUGAUCAUUUCCGAGUGCAGUUUAGAUACGACAUCAAAGACUCUACUUCUGUACAUAAUUCAUGCAAGUGUGAUGUUAGUGUUGGUGUAAUGUGGCUGAAAAACACCAAAUUUGAGCAGAGAAUAACUAGGAAUGUUGUUGGGAAAUUUACCACUCGACUCAAGGACAUACUAGAGUUGGUUGAAAGGGAGAUAUUAUUGUCAAGUUGAUAGGAACCUGGCAAAUGUUGCCACUUACUCACUUAAAUACAGCAUUUUCCACUUACUUAGAUACAGAUGUUCAACAUUAGAGUUGUCACAACCAAUCAAUGUCACAGUCACAUUUGAUAAACUUUGCACACUUUAUGUAUCAGCUUCUCACAGUAGUGAUUCAAUACUCCAUGUUCUAUUAUUAACUUAUGGUUCGAGGGGGAAACUCGGCUAUUUUUGGUCC